AAUGCAAACCGCGAAAUGAGCGACAAGGAGCUAUCGAGGCGAGGACAGGCAAGCUGGCGGGACGUAUCCGGCCGGCUCCGGGCCUGCGCUACCGACCCGGGGCCCCUGAGGGGCAGCCGGGCGCAGCCCCCUCCAGCCGAGCCCAACCCGGCCCGCAGCGCCGCCCGCCUGCGCCGCCCCGCGGGGCCGGGCCCGCCCCGCAGCGGCGGCCGCGCCGGUGUCCGGGCAACGGCGGCGGCGUCACUUCCUGCGGCCGCCCCGCCGCUGGCCCGGGCCGCGCUCCGUCGGGGCCUUGCGGCGGUCGCGACACGUGGCCCCGCCGGCGGCAUGGCCGCGGCGGCCGAGGCGGCGGGCGGCGGCAGCAGCCGCCACGAGAAGAGCCUCGGGCUGCUGACCACCAAGUUCGUGUCGCUGCUGCAGGAGGCCAAGGACGGCGUGCUGGAUCUCAAAGCGGCUGCUGAUACGCUUGCUGUGAGGCAGAAGAGAAGGAUCUAUGAUAUCACCAAUGUUCUGGAGGGGAUUGAUCUCAUUGAGAAGAAGUCAAAAAACAGCAUUCAGUGGAAAGGAGUAGGUGCUGGCUGCAAUACAAAAGAAGUCAUAGACAGGCUGAGGUAUCUGGAAGCUGAAAUUGAAGAUUUAGAGCUAAAAGAAAAAGAAUUGGAUCAGCAGAAACUGUGGCUUCAGCAAAGUAUCAAGAAUGUCAUGGAUGAUUCUACAAACCACCAAUUUUCAUAUGUCACCCAUGAAGAUAUCUGCAACUGCUUCAAUGGAGAUACACUUCUAGCAAUUCAAGCACCUUGUGGUACACAGUUAGAAGUACCUAGACCUGAAAAGGGACAGAAUGGACAGAAGAAAUACCAGAUCAAUCUUAAAAGUAGUUCAGGACCUAUCCAUGUGCUGCUUAUAAAUAAAGAAUCGAGCUCCUCCAAGCCCACGGUGCUUCCUGUUCCUCCACCCGAUGACCUUGCACAGCCCCCAUCUCAGCCUGCAGCUCCAGCGACUCCACUAAAACCAGCUGCAGCUCCUCCAAAUCCCCCAGAACAACACGAGCCGAACCAAGGACAGGAGCUACCGCAAACAGCAGUUGCUGACACACCAUCAGACGGCAGCGCCCAGCGGGACAGCACAGCCCCUGCAGCCCCUUACUGCAGCCUCCCGGAGCCAGAGCUGUACCCCAGCCUGCCUGCAGACAGCGCCCACGCCUCAGCCAGCUCCAGUGACUACCAGAGCUUGCUGCCCCUGGAUGUCAACUGUAUUCUCAAGCCAAACUCAUUUGACAUGGCAAAGAUGGAGGAGCCUGCAGGAAAUAUCAGCGGAGAUAUUAUUGAUGAACUCAUGUCUUCUGAUGUUUUUCCUCUCUUACGACUCUCUCCUACUCCCGGAGAUGACUACAACUUUAACCUGGAUGAUAAUGAAGGAGUCUGUGAUCUCUUUGAUGUGCAGAUACUAAAUUAUUAGAUAUUGUGUCAACCAGACUACUUAUCUACCUCUAACUGUAACAUUCUAGACUUCUUCAUAACCUAAGUAUUUGAAUAAUGAAUGUAUAACUUCUUAGUUCACUGACUCUGGGAGUAUAUUUCCUUUUGCUUCUUUUAACUACUUCACAAAACAAAUUCAAGAACAAGAAAAAAAGGGCUCUUAUCAAAUAUUCUGGCACUUUUUCACCUGAGUGUUUUUCUGUCUAAGCCAAUUGUUUGGAGCUUUCUUUAGAGAAAAGUGAAAAUAACUUUGUAGCCUUUUGAUCAUUUUUUAAAAAAUGAUUAGGCUUCUUGCUCACAGUUAACAGCAUUUUUUUGAAGCUGCCAAGAAGCUUUUUAUAUUCUUUUUUAACUUCUCACACAAUUUUGAAGCUUUCACUGCCAAGUUGAAAAGUGAAGGGUAUCAACUUGAGUUAUGUAAAUUGUUUCAGUGAACGAAUUUUGUGAAGUGCCUUCUGUUUUAGCACUUUAAGUUUCUCACACUGACUUCUGACAUUCCGCUUUCCUAGAUGAUAGGAAAGGUCUGUUUGUAGUUUGCAUUAAAGUGUGCCAAUACUUGUAUAUUAACAAGAUUUUUUUAAUAAAAUUGUGCAAACAAA